CACCUGAAGAAAUCUCUGUCUGAAGCCUUAACUCUUUUCUAUCCAUUGGCCGGGAGAGUCAAGGACAACACCGUCAUCGAAUGCCAGGACGACGGAGCUCAUUUUGUCGAAGCGAAAUUCAGUGGCCUCCUCUCAACCUUUCUAGACCAGCCACACAAAGACGAGGCACUCAUAGGGCGGUUCCUUCCAGCCGCGACGGAAUCACCAGAAGCAGGCACAUGGCCUUUAUUGCUUGUUCAAUCGACUUUCUUCGACUGCGGCGGAGUGGCCAUAGGCGUGUGCGGGUCGCACAAGUUGGUCGACGCGGCCACGCUGAGCAUAUUCUUAAAGACUUGGGCCGGCAAUGAGGUUCCGGAUUUUGAAGCAGCUUCCAACUACCGUUCCAAAGAUACCUUCUCGUUCGCGCCUCCUGCUGCGCUGGAGCUGAAAAGGGUGGAAGGCGUGGCGAAGAGGUACGUGUUUGAUAAAUCAAAGAUUGCCGCUCUUAAG